GCACCGAACCGUCCCUGGGCUGACUCGAUAUAAAAUGUGACCAAGGAGAAUUCCUCAGCUCUGGUGGAGAUUUGCGGUAGGUGAGCAACUUUUACUGCUCCCAGAAAUCCAAUCUGAGCAGUACCAUUACCCAGCCCAUCUCUGGAUUCCUAUAGGAUGAAGUCCUGUUUCCUGCUACUGUUCGCCACUCUCUGUGCGAAAAUUCCCUGCACGAAGUCACAAGCAGGAAAUGUAAUCGCUGGAGUUCGGGCGACCCAGUCGACCACGGGCGCGCACUUUGCAGACGCGAGCAACGCCAUCGAUGGAAACAAGGACAGUCGGUUUCGGCACUCUUCCUGCAGCCGCACCAGACGGCAAUCGCGCCCAUGGUGGAGAGUGGAUCUGGAAAAUCAUUACCGCGUUUACGUGGUCAGCAUCACCAGCGCGAAGUCGAGGAGAUGUGGUAGGCUCAACGGAGCCGAGAUCCGGAUCGGGGACACUCUGGAGAACAACGGCAACAGCAACACCCUAUGUGCAAGGAUUAACUCCAUGCCCUCCGGACAGACUGUUAACUUUUACUGCAAACCUGCUGGUGUUCACGGUCGGUACAUAAACAUCUUCCUGCCGCGGUGUCGGAGCUCCCUCACUCUGUGUGAGGUGGAGGCUUUCGGGGUGCACGAACCCCAUUGAUCCAACUCAUAAUAAUGAUCUUGCGCUUCUGGCUUGUGCCACCGACCCAGAUGGAUCCUGCUUUGUGUCCUGGGACAUUCCGGUCGAACCCCGCUUCAAGCAGCAGUCUUCAUGUUUGCCAACCGGGGAUUGUGUAACCCAGCCUAGAGUGAAUGUUAGCGGUUGUUGGUGUGGGACUGGAGAGACCAGAAAAAACACGUGGACAGAAAGCCGGUACGGGCACACUCAACGCCUGAGCAGGGAUGGAUAGAGGGAGCCUUGUCUGCCACUGCACUGCUUGCCCUGCAAUGUUUCCCUGGGAAAGCCGUUGGACUGUCAAACCUCCGGUACGUCCAGGCCAGGGUUGCUGCAAGACCUUCGAGGCCUUUGAUGUCCAGUGUUCGGAUCACUUCAUGCAGCCUGUACCAGUCCUCCCUCAUUCUGAGCAUGUGUAUAAUCCCCUAACUAUGCAACCUCUGUCUAAAUAAAACAGCAAAACUGU